AUGGAUAUAAUAAAUCAACUUCCGGAUCGUUUAUUAUUCGCAAUACCAAAAAAAGGACGACUUCAUGAACAGUGUAUAUCUUUACUUAAAGGAGCUGAUAUAAAUUUUCAUCGUCAUAAUAGGUUAGAUAUCGCCUUAGUAAAAAAUUUACCUCUCGCACUUAUAUUCCUUCCAGCAGCUGAUAUCGCAAAAUUUGUUGGAGAUGGAAAUGUUGAUCUGGGUAUAACAGGUCAAGAUAUGGUAGAAGAAUGUGAAGUUAGUGAUAAAAUUGAUGAAAUUAUGGAAUUAGGUUUUGGUCAUUGUAAAUUACAAGUACAAGUACCUAUUAAAAGUGGUAUAAAUAAAGUUGAAGAAUUAGUUGGUAAAAAAGUUGUAACUAGUUUUGAUGUUUUAUCUUCAAAAUAUUUUUCUCAAUUAGAUAAAGAUAAUUUAACUGAUAAAGAAAAAGAUGAAGGUAAAAAAACUAAAAUUGAAUAUGUUAGUGGUAGCGUUGAAGCUGCUUGCGCUCUUGGAUUGGCUGAUGGUAUCGAAACCGGAGAAACAAUGAAAGUAGCAGGUUUACAUGCAAUUUCAACAGUACUUGAAACACAAGCCAUUUUAAUUCGAAACAAAAACCCUGCCAAUCCAUAUUUAGUUUCUAAAAUAACUUCUCGACUUAAGGGUGUAAUAGCAGCAAAAAAAUAUGUUUUAUUAAAUUAUAAUAUUAUAAGAGAUAAUCUUAGAGAAGCAACAAAAAUUACACCAGGUCGUCAAGCUCCUACGAUUAGUCCUUUAGAUGAUGGUAAUUGGGUUGAAGUUCAAAGUAUGGUAGUAAAAGAAGAAGUAGCUGAAAUUAUGGAUAAAUUGGAAGAAAUUGGUGCAAGAGAUAUUAUGUUGUUUAAGAUUGAUAAUUGUAGAGUUUAA